AGGAUUUAAAAUAAUGUUUUGCUGCUAAAUUUUAAUGCAAUUUAGAAAUGCCAUCAGAUAUUAACGAUCAGAUGAUAAAUAAGUGCAGUUUACCACUAUCUGUUCAUGUAAAAACACUGUAAUCAGUAACAGAUAUGAGUCAAAGUCCUUUAGUUACUCUUUAGAACCACUAAAACUUCAUCCACAUCAGCAUCUGAAUUUAAUCCUAACGAGCAGCAUUUACAAGCUGAGCUCUGAAGGAUAAUGGAAAGGAUUCUCUUAUUGCUGGGGCUCACUGCCUUUGCCUCAUCUUUCACUAUUCCACAGUCACAUGUGAUACAUGAGGUGUAUGAGAAUGGUGAGGAUGACAACCCAAUUUUAAACAAGGAUUCAGAUACCAGCCUCUUUGAAGGAGAUAUUUUGAUUUCAAAUGAAAAAAAUGCACUAAGUGACAAAAGAUACAGAUGGAAAUUCCCAAUUCCUUACAUUCUUGGUGAUGAUUUAGAUCUGAAUGCCAAAGGCUGUGUCCACCAGGCGUUUGAAAUGUAUCGUCUCAAGUCUUGUGUUGACUUCAAGCCUUAUGAGGGAGAGAAGACCUACAUCAAGUUUGAAAAGAGAGGAGGGUGCUUUUCUAGUGUUGGCGACCAGCAGACUGGUCAGAUCUUGUCUUUGGGACCAGGUUGUGACCACAAGGCUGUGGUUGAGCAUGAGCUGCUUCACGCUCUGGGAUUUUACCACGAACAGUCCCGCACAGACAGAGAUGACUACGUGGACAUUUGGUUGGACCAGGUUACACCAGGACUUGAGCACAACUUUAACAAAUAUAACGACGACUUCAUCACCGAUCAAAACACGGCAUAUGACUACGAGUCCAUCAUGCACUACAGGCCUUUCUCCUUCAAUAAGAAUGAAUCAAUUCCCACUAUCACCACCAAAAUUCCAGAGUUCUACAACAUCAUCGGCCAGUACCUUGACUUUAGUAGGAUGGACACCCUCAGGCUCAAUCGGAUGUAUAACUGCUCUGGCCCACUCAUCCUUCUGGAUCAAUGUUCAUUUGAAUAUGCAAGCAUCUGUGGGAUGAUCCAAGGCUCUGUGAAUGAUGCUGAUUGGGUCCGUACCAAGAGUAGCAUUGAUACAGAAGAUCACACACUGCUGGGAAGGUGUAGAGAUGCUGGGUACUUCAUGUACUUCAACACCAUGGCUGGGGAGCCCGAGCAGUCUGCUUUGCUGGAAUCUCGAACACUUUAUCCUAAAAGGAAGCUUCAGUGUCUGGAGUUCUUCUAUAAGAUGACUGGAAGCCUAAAAGACAGGCUGACAAUAUGGGUCAAGGUGGAUGACGGCACAGGCAGUGUCCGAAGAAUGAGGAAAAUACACACCAUUUAUGGAACUUCGGAGAACACAUGGAAGAUUGCCCAUGUCCCAAUAGAAGUAGGAGUUAAGUUCCGCUAUGCCUUUCAAGCCGUGCGUGGCAAUCCCUCUGGGUCCUCUGGAGGCAUCCUCAUCGACGACAUCAGCCUGACCGAGACACGCUGCCCCAACACUGUGUGGACAAUCCACAACUUCUCCAAGAUACUGGAAACGGCUGAUACUAAUACAGUAAUCGACAGCCCUCGUUUCUACAGCCAGGAAGGCUAUGGAUACGGUGUACGCAUCAAGCCUUUGUCUGGUUAUACUGAUUACACGGGGAACUAUGUCGGGCUGUACUUCCACCUUACCAGUGGAGAGAAUGAUGUAGUGAUGCAGUGGCCAGCUGUGAACAGACAAGCCACUUUGGUGGUGAUGGACCAAGAUCCAGAUAUUUUGCAAAGAAUGUCUUCUGCUCGCAGUCUUACCACCGACAUGAGGCAAACAUCUGAUGGGAAGUUUUUCUGGGACAAUCCUUCCAAGGUGGGAACAUACGACUCAGCCUGUGAUUGCUACAGAAGCGACUCAUGGGGCUGGAGAAACUUCAUCAAGCACUUUGACCUCGGGCGGCGCAAUUACCUGAAGAAUGAUGAUCUUAUCAUCUUCAUUGAUUUUGAUGAUUUAACAUCACUCAUCAAAACUGAAGUUCCUGUUAAGCCAAAUGAAUAGGAUCAUCAAAUGGACUUCUAUAUUGCAGUAAAUUGGAAACUGGAUGAAGCAUACACAACUGGGAUGUGAAGAAUUCCAUAUAAGGAUUGCUGCAGUAUUACAAUUAAACACACAAUUUAAAAUGUUUUAAUUAAACUAAUAACCAACAAGCCA